AUGGGGGGCCCGGUGGACGACGACAUGGCCAACCUGAUCGUCGCGCAGCUGCUGUACCUGGACUCAGUUGACCAGACGCGUGACAUCACCAUGUACGUCAACAGCCCAGGAGGCUCCGUCACCGCGGGCAUGGCCGUGUUUGACACGAUGCGCCACAUCCGGCCCGACGUCAGCACCGUGUGCAUCGGCAUGGCGGCCUCCAUGGGCGCCUUCCUGCUGGCCAGCGGGCAGCAGGGCAAGCGCUACUCGCUGCCCAACAGCCGCAUCAUGAUCCACCAGCCGCUCGGAGGGGCGCAGGGGCAGGCGACCGAUAUUGAGAUCCAGGCCAACGAGAUCCUGCACCACAAGCUCACCCUCAACGGCUACCUGGCCCAGUUCUGCGGGCAGUCCAUGGAGACCAUCACCAAGGACACGGACCGCGACUUCUUUAUGAGCCCACAGGAGGCCAUCGAGUACGGCCUGAUCGACGCGAUCAUCGCCAAGCCGCAGCUGUACGAGUCGCGCCCUGUGGUGGCCGCCGCCUGA